AUGAAGUUCCUAACGACAAACUUCCUAAAAUGUUCUGUCAAGGCCUGUGACAGCAGCAACGACAACUUCCCACUGGAGUACUGCGGCAACAAAUGCCAACUGGUGCAGGACGAGUCUAUCGAGUUUAACCCAGAGUUUCUGCUGAACAUCGUCAACCGUGUGGACUGGCCCGCCGUGCUUGCAGUCGCUGGCGAACUGGGAAACAGCGCAUUGCCCCCUAGCAAACCCUCAUUCCCAUCAUCCAUCGCAGAGCUCACCGACGACGACAUGGCCAUCUUAAAUGAUCUGCACACUUUGCUGCUGCAGACGUCCAUCGUUGAAGGUGAAAUGAAGUGCAGAAACUGCGGCCACAUCUACUACAUCAAGAACGGCAUCCCCAACUUGCUGCUACCCCCACAUCUGGUAUGA